CACAACGCAUUUAUAAGGUUUGACCAUGUCCGGUGCUUCCCCACGGUGAUUCCUCUGACAUCACCCUCGGAGUCUCUCUUUCUCUAUCUGAGUGCCGCGCAAAUCUCCAAAGCCGUCUCCCUUGCCCCUCCUCAGAUUAAUCAUACACUUUCAUGGCGGGAAUACGGUUGCAACCGGAAGAAGCCGACCUUACACAGCUGCAAACCCGAGCUACCACUGCUGAUCUGGUUUCCGACGACGAGAGGUCUGUUGCUGCCGACUCCUGGUCCAUUAAGAGCGACUAUGGAAGCACUCUCGAUGAUGAUCAACGCCACGCCGAUGCAGCCGAGGCUCUUUCUUCUGCCAAUUUCCGUGCUGCUUCUGAUUACAAUUCUGACAAGGACGAAGCAGAUGGUGAAGGGGUGGCAUCAAUGCUAGGUCUUCAGACUUAUUGGGAUGCUGCAUAUGCAGAUGAGUUGGCAAACUUUCGUGAGCAUGGCCAUGCUGGUGAAAUAUGGUUUGGGUCUGAUGUAAUGGAUGUUGUUGUUUCUUGGACCAAGAGCUUGUGCAUUGAGAUUUCACAAGGUCACAUUCCUAAUCAUGUUGAUGAUGUCAAGUCUGAACCUGGUGAACAGGGAGAUAAAUAUUUGUCUAGCUGGAGUGUACUUGACAUUGGAACUGGCAACGGUUUGCUCCUUCAAGAACUUGCAAAACAGGGGUUCUCUGAUUUAACUGGAGUUGAUUAUAGUGAAGGGGCAAUUGACCUUGCCAGGAGCCUUGCUGAUCGUGAUGGUUUUUCCAACAUCAACUUUCUGGUUGUUGAUAUUCUUGAAACAAAGGUAGAAAGACAGUUCCAGCUUGUGAUGGAUAAAGGAACUUUAGAUGCCAUUGGAUUGCAUCCUGAUGGUCCUAUCAAAAGGAUCAUGUACUGGGAUUCUGUUUCAAAGUUGGUUGCAUCUGGUGGAAUAUUGGUAAGCACCUCGUGUAACAGUACAAAGGAUGAACUGGUGCAUGAAGUGGAAAGUUUCAACCAGAGGACUAAUCUGUCCCAGGGAUUAGAGACUCGGAAGGACCAAGUAUCUGGAGAUCAUCCUGUAUUCCGAUAUCUCAAUCAUGUUCAAACAUAUCCCGCAUUCAUGUUUGGCGGAUCUGUGGGAUCACGUGUUGCUACUGUGGCAUUCCUUCGGAGCUAAGCGUUAAUUUGGUGUUGGCUUGUCAGGUUUUGUUAUCAUGUUUUGAAGGUGUUAAAUGUAUCUGCAUGAUAGAAAUCAUCCCUUUCAAGAAAACUUGCUAUGUGCUUGAAAAUUAUUGAAUCCUGGAUUUGACACAUUAGUGAUAGUUCAUCCACAUUAAUCCCUUA